UGUCAUGGAGUUUUCUUCAAACUCCAAAUCAUUCAAAGACGAAGUCAUCAAACCCUUUAAAUCUCUCCUCUAGAAGCUAGAGUAGAUUGAAACAUUCAUUACCAAACAAAAAAUUAGUACUUCUAGUGCAUAAACAACAACUUAAGUACUCAAAAAAACUUCGAUCUUUGCAAUCAUUUUUCCUUCUAUUUCCAAAAUUUCAUAAAAUAAAACUACCCUCAAAUACCCAUUUCAAAAAAAUCAUAACUUUUAUGUCAAAAUAAAAAAUUUUUCAAACCUUAAGACCCAUUACGCCAAUUUUCAUUAAAAAAAAGCUUGAAACUUGUCAUACAGAUUCCUAUCGCUAAUACACCUCUCUAUAGCCAACCAAAAUUCCUCAAACUCAUUACCAAUGCAAAAUUCUACUCACCAUAUUCAUCUAACAUUGAUCAUCUUUUGGAUCCUAAUACCACUUAUAACACGGGUCCAUGGAUCCGGAUCUUCACCACAAGUUAUAGCUCCACAUUGCCAACCCAAAUGUGGAAACAUUACCAUUCCCUACCCAUUUGGUAUACAAGAAGGUUGUUACUUCAAAGACAAAGGGUAUAAUUUCAAAAUCUUUUGUAAUCAAAGCAUAACACCUCCAAUACCAACCUUUGGUUCAAAUCUAGAAGUACUAAAAAUUAGUACAACCCAUGGAGAAUUACACAUAAACAAUGAUAUCUCUUUUGAUUGUUACAAUAAAAACAAAUCCUUAUUGUACAACUCAAGAUGGGUAAACCUAGAAACUUUUACAAUCUCGAGCACAAAAAAUAUUUUAAUUGGUAUAGGAUGUGAUACUUUAGUCCUAUUUUCAGGGAUUCGACAUAAUAAAAAUUAUAAUACUGGUUGUAUGACUAGUUGUAGCACAUUAUCUGAUGUUACAGAUAAUGUUUGUAACGGAGUUGGUUGUUGUGAAGCGUCGUUACCUAAUGGUGUUACAAAUAUAACAACUCAAAUUCAAAGUUUUAAUAAUCAUAGUUUGGUUCCAUUUAAUCCUUGUAGUAUAGCUUUUCCUGUGGCUAAGGAUGUGUUUAAAUUUGGUCAAAGGAAUUUGACUAAGGACAUGGAUUUUUAUUUGGAUAAUAAUGUUAAGGUUCCUGUUGUGUUUAAUUGGGCUAUUGGAACACAAAAUUGUUCAAUUGCUAAAGCAAAUGGGAAUUCAUUGUGUAAAAAUAAUACAAUUUGUGAUGAGUUAGACAAUCAAUUUGGAUAUAUUUGCAAGUGUUUAGAUGGGUUUUAUGGGAAUCCUUAUCUUCAUCAAGGCUGCUCAGACAUUGACGAGUGCAAAGAGGGGAAUGAUUGUGAAAAACCAGAGUAUUGCGUAAAUAAAAUUGGAGGGUAUGAUUGCAAAUGUCCAAAGAACUUCCAUGGGAAUGGGACUAAAACACAUCCUUGCAUUUCUGAUACAAAGCCUUGGCUUAUACCUGUUGUGGCUACUUCUGGUGUUGCUGGUGGUAUCAUUAUUUUACUUGUAGUUGGAUUCAUCCUCUAUUGGCAACAUGGGGAAAGACAACUUAAACAAAUACGUGACACUUAUUUUCAACAAAAUGGUGGCUUUCUUUUACAACAAAAACUCUCUGGAGUUGACGUAGAUUUAUUAAAAAUAUUUACAGCACAAGAUCUUGAAAUUGCAACAAACAAUUACAAUGAAAAUUGCAUAAUCGGAAGAGGAGGUUUUGGCAUUGUUUACAAAGGAAUUUUACCCGAUAAUCAACGAGUAGCGAUUAAAAGAUCUUUAAAAAUGGACCCAGGUCAAGUCGAACAGUUCAUCAAUGAAAUUCUUAUACUAUCACAAAUCAAUAACCGAAAUGUAGUCAAGUUACUUGGGUGUUGUCUCGAGACGGAAGUUCCACUUUUAGUGUAUGAAUAUAUUAAGAAUGGAACAUUGUAUGAUCAUUUAGAGGAUGCAGUGAAAGCGACUUUUCUGUCAUGGAGUACACGUCUAAAAAUAGCAGUUGAAGUCGCAAAUGUGUUAUCUUAUUUGCAUAAUACAAUCUCGACACCAGUAAUUCAUAGAGAUAUGAAGUCGAUGAAUGUGCUUUUGGAUGAAGAUUAUACUGCUAAGGUCGCGGAUUUUGGUGCUUCAAGAUUAGUUCCCGAAGAUGAUAGUCAAUUAGCUACAAUGGUACUCGGAACAUGGGGUUAUUUAGAUCCUGAGUAUAUGCAAACAAGCGAACUGACUGAUAAGAGCGAUGUUUAUAGUUUUGGUGUUGUUUUAGUCGAGUUAUUGACUAGAAAAAGGGUUAUUUCUAAUGAUAGGCCUGAAAUCGAAAAGGGUCUUGCAAUGCAUUUUCUUAUAAAGAUUAAAGAAGGGCGUUUGUUGAAUAUUCUUGAUAAAAAUAUAGUUAGUGAAGGGACGAUUGAACAAAUUACGCAAGUGGCGAAUCUAGCGAAAUGUUGCCUCAUGUUAAAAGGAGAAGAUAGGCCGACCAUGAAAGAAGUCGCAGUUGAACUUGAAACGAUUUCGAGAAAAGGGUGUCAUCCAUGGAAAACUAUAGAUGCUUCAUUUCAUAGUGAAGAUUGUGAAGCAUUGUUACAAGGAUUUUCAAGAUCGGAUGGUGGGGGUUGUAGUACUAGCAUUGAAUCUCACCUAUAUAAUCCAACAUUGUUUUCAGCUCUUGAUGGUGGGAGGUAAAAAUGCUAGGAUUGAUUAAUAUUGUUCUUGGUAAUUAUACAUUUUGGAAAUAAAUUCAUUUUUUUUUAAUCUUAAAUUUUGGA